UAUAUGCCUGCAGUGGAAGAAAUAAGCGGAAAGACGGCCUUUAUUUAUAUAUUUUUCACUUCACACAUACUACAUAUCAUUGCACUGUAGUUCUGUUUCGCUUCGUGAGGGAUAAGAUUAAGAAUACCAAAAAGCCCUAUUUACAUCUUUAAAGGAUAUUAUGUACGGUCAGGACGGAGGUCAAGUUGCCCAUCCUUACGACGGUGGUGGUGGUGGUGGAAAUGGCGGUUAUGUUGGCGGCCGAGGAGGAGGUGGGGGAUACGGUCCUAGUUCUAAAAAUCGCGAUCGAUCCGGUUUUCCCUGUUCUUAUUUUCAAUACAAUGUACACGGAUUAUUCAGUAGGUGCUGGAGGUUAUCAAGGAGGAGACAGUGGAAGAGGUGGUGGCCGUGGUGGAGGAGGCAGAGACGGUGAUUGGCUUUGCCCGAAUCCCAGGAAAAUUUAUCUGUUCUCUGCUUUUGAUUUUUUGUCAAGGAGGCAGGGUACUUGUACGGUUUGUCUUAAACAGCUAAAUUUUGGUUUGUUGAUAUUUCAAUGUCAUUAUUAGUUGCCUAGAUUUGUGAAAUUUAAACUGGUAUGUCUUUGAAGUUGUGGGAAUUUGAACUUUACAAGAAGAGUUGAGUGUAACAAAUGCGGUGCAUCCUCUCCUGUGGGUUCUGUGAUCGUGGUAGUAGUGGUUAUAACAGAGGUAGCACUGGGGGAUAUGGUGGUAACCGUGGAGGUAGAGGAGAUGGGGCUAGAGGGGAUAUGAUAGUGGGAGGAA